GCCUUGUACAUUUUUAUGUCUUAAAGAGCUUAAACUGCUUGCUUAAACUGCAUGAUUGACGGCGCAUUUAUCACCCACCAUUUGAUAUCACCCUCGAAAUCUUUGCUUGACAUUAAUUAAUAUUGACAAAUUACAAACGACCUGUCAACUUCACUACUUCCCGUUCCUUUUUUUUUUUUCUUUUCUUUUCCCCCUAAGGGAAAAACACUCCAAUGUCAAGAUAGAUUUCCAACUUCCAAUUGACAAUGUUGUUCCCCGAGAGCGACGCGUCUCUUCUAAGAGCAUGGAUCAUAAGGCGCCUGGCUAAUACAUCCGACGCCGAUGCAGAUGUGCUUGCCGAUUACGUUCUCGCCCUCUUGCGACACGAUGGCGACGCCGAGUCCAUCCGGAAGAUGUUUGAGGAAGAAAUUCCCGAUUUUCUCAGAGAAGACGCGGUCGCCUUUACCGACGAUGUUUUCCAAGCCGUCAAGUAUCGUUCUUAUUUACCAGGAGCUCCUCCUGCGCCUCCAAGCAACCGUCAAGUUCUUGCAGCUCCUCCCGUUUCGGCGACCGCCCCCUUACUACAUUCAUACCAACCCUCUAUAUCUUAUAAUGCAGCCCCUACCGCUCCAGCCUUCUCUCAGAACGGUUCACGAAAGCGCGCGUAUAAUGAUCGAGACGAUAACGACGUAGACAUUAUUUUAACGAGCCAGGGAACCCAACCUUACAAGCAACCUCGUAGAGGAGGUAGCCUUUUACAGCGUGGUGGGAGAUUCGACGAGCCUUAUAAGCCUAGAGACCAAAAUGCGUUUGCUAGUCCUUACCCGCCGCCCUCUAGAUCCAAUGGCCGCUCUGGACUACCACUGCCACCAUCUUUCCACCCUUCUACCCAUGAUCAAGGUAUUCCGCCGCCCAUAAACCUAGACAGCUUCAUGGAAAAUAUCCAAAGAAUGAAUCAGCUUGACAUUCCUAUUCCACAGCUGCCUGACCUUCCUAAACCAGUUUAUUCGGGAUCUAUUCCUCCACCGCGUCGGAGAAGGCAGAAGUGCAGAGACUAUGAGACUCGGGGCUAUUGCUCGAGAGGUAAUAACUGUAAAUUCGAGCAUGGUUCUGAUUCUUUAAUGUUACCGCCGCUUCCAUCUUCAACAAGCGAUGAAUAUGAUCCAAACAAUCCUGUUUUCCCAAUGUCGCUCCUAGGAAAUCAACACCAGUCACAAACCUUCCAACCCCUAAACUUACCCUCCUUCCCCACGGCGCCCUCUACGAACCAUCGCGAGCAUAAUAAGCCAAGACGGUCGAAGGGUCGGCCGCCUAAUACGGCAAGCGGUCCUGUACACGACAAGACAAAAACCGCUAUCGUGAUCCAGAACAUUCCCAGUGGAUAUUUUACCGAGGAGAAAAUCCGUGAAUAUUUUUCUCAGUUUGGUGACAUCACAGAUAUUUCAUUGCAAGGUCCCGAUCGCCUGGCGGUGGUUAAAUUCGAUACUUGGGAAGCCGCUCAUGCCGCAUGGAGCUCACCAAAGGUGAUAUUUGAUAACCGGUUUGUGAAGGUAUUUUGGUAUAAGAAUGAUUCUGAGCCCGGGACGGCUUCAGUAAAUGGGAAGGCCGGAAAUGGGGUAAAGAACGAAGCUACUGACGGAGAUUCGCUUACCAAAGAGGGUACCCCUGCCGAACCAUUUGAUAUGGAUGAGUUCAUGCGUAAGCAGGAAGAGGCGCAGAAGGCUCACGAAGAAAAGUUGAAGAAGAGACAAGAACUGGAGCGCCAACGCCAAGAACUAGAGGAACGCCAGAAAGAGCUUCGAGCACGGCAACUCGAGGAGAAGCGCAAACUUCAGGCUAAGCUCGCCGGAAAAAAUACAUCUUCAGAAACUACAGAUGACACCAUGAAAAAGCCUAUCUCACAGACAGAAGCUCUCCGAGCCCAAUUGGCAGCUUUAGAAGAGGAAGCCAACGUCCUAGGAAUCGAUCCAGACGCUGCUCAGGAGGAAGUGCCAUGGUAUUCUGGAGGUGGUGGCAGAGGUGGCCGAGGCUACCGUGGCCGUGGGCGCUAUGUCACCAGAGCUACCAGGGGCGGGUAUGGCUACCAAGGUAGAGGAGGCGUAGAAGCCAGACACGCAGCUUAUGCAGCGUAUUCCUUAGACAACAGGCCCAAGAUAAUCGCGCUGUCUGGGGUUGACUUCACACAUUCAGAGAAGGACGAGGCAUUGCGGCAAUACCUUUUUGGCAUUGGCGAAUUUAAGGAAAUCCAUACAGAUCCAGCUACAACACACAUCACAUUCAAGGAUCGUAAAACGGCAGAGCAGUUCAUGAUGGGCGUCUCUGCGAAUAACACCAUCCCUGGACUUGAGGAUAAGGUCGAGAUUACGUGGGCUACAUCUGCACCACAGUCUGAAACGAAAACUGCCACCGACGGAGAUGGAGACGGCGACGGCGACGCGCCUAUGGCUAGCGGCAUAGACGACGAGCAAGGGAUAAGAGACAAGACUAGUAGUAAUGGGGGUAGCAGUGCAACCGUCGGGCUGGAGGAGGGAGAAGUCAGUAAUAGACAUGGCCGUGAUCAACAUGACAUGGACUAUGAGGCUGGAGAUGAUUGGGAUAUUUCCUAAAUAGAAGGAUGCUAGUCGUGUUCUCGACAGUGCAUUCAUUUAUUGUAUAGCUACCUAGUACCUAAGGUAUCUAACCUGGUUUUAGAGACAUGCUCUGCACCUACGGCAGUUAGUAUGUCCUGUUGAUAUAAUCUGUGCCUCUAUGGCACAACGACUAAUGGCCAAGUCAAUAUGAUGAAUCAACGGCCGCAAGCUAAAAUACUAUAUCUCUCUAUCAUACAUCAUCACAUGCCGAGGAUUAACGAUAUUCUUAAGGUUUAUAGGGGCUUAGUCUAUUCUUGAAAGUUGAAGGGUUG